GGCGCGCCGGCACACUCGCUCCGAUGCGCGGCUGGGACGAGUGCACGACGGCAGCGCUGCACGCGCGCAUCCUGGAGGCGCAGCGCGGGCCCGGCGCGGCCGAGGCGCCCGCCUGCGAGCCCGCGCUGGACCUGGCGGCACCGACGCCGCUGCUUCCGUUACCCACGCUAUCGUUCAGCGCGGCGCAGGUGGCCACCGUUUGCGAGACGUUGGAGGAGAGUGGCGACGUGGAGCGUUUGGCGCGGUUCCUGUGGUCGCUGCCAGUUGCACAUCCCAACGUGGCCGAGCUGGAGCGGUGCGAGGCUGUGCUGCGUGCGCGAGCCGUGGUCGCGUUCCACGCGGGGCGGCACCGCGAGCUGUACUCGAUCCUUGAGCGGCAUCGGUUCCAGCGAUCGAGCCACGCCAAGCUGCAGGCGCUGUGGCUGGAGGCGCACUACCAGGAGGCGGAGCGGCUGCGCGGCCGGCCGUUGGGACCAGUGGACAAGUAUCGCGUGCGAAAGAAGUUUCCGUUGCCGCGCACCAUCUGGGACGGCGAGCAGAAGACGCACUGCUUUAAGGAGCGAACGCGGUCGCUGCUGCGCGAGUGGUACCUGCAGGACCCUUACCCGAACCCCACCAAGAAGCGGGAGUUGGCGGCGGCGACGGGCCUCACGCCCACGCAGGUCGGCAACUGGUUCAAGAAUCGGCGGCAGCGGGAUCGCGCCGCCGCCGCCAAGAACCGCUCCGCGUUGCUCGGACGCGGCUUCGCCUCCUCCUCCACCUACGACGAGGACUCGGCCGAUUCCGAGAUCAACGUGGACGAGGAGUAGCGGUGCGGUGUGUGGCGCGGGACGCUGUGGUUACGUUGCAAUAUGGACGAGCCCGUGGCGGCGUGAGUGUUGUGCGGGCGUGGUGAAUCAGUUGCUCUAGGUUCUGUCGAGUGAUAGUGAAGUUGGCACCGCCGUAUCUGCGCUCACCAGGUAUGUACUGUGCACAAUGUAGUGGCCGAGGACGCUCGUCGCUGUCGAGUGCCGGCUAGACAAACAUCCCCUCGCACAUCCGAGCGACCGCGGCGGGCUAGCCGACGCUAGGCUAGGCUAGGCUAUUUCCUUCUGUAUAAUUUAUAUUUGUUUAUUUAAAUACGCCUACUUAGGUUUAAGAAUCUUGCGUGUGGUCUAGAACCGCUCUAUAUAUCCUAUUUUAGAAGUAAAUGAAGAAUUUAUUUAUCAUAUCAGCUUUUAUUUGUGUACAUUGGUAGGGAGUAUAGGUACUGUGUAGAUAUGACAGCAUACGGCGUGUACCUGAGCAAAGCAGAGCACGGCGGCCGCUUCUCCUAAGUUAUUUGUUCCGGGCGAUGCUGACUGUUUUCUCUAAGUUAUUUAUUACAAUAAUCCACAUAAUAGUUUAUCUCCGGCGCCGGCUGCAAUGUGGUCAGUUAAAUCCGCCUCACUUCACAACUUGCCGUAUAUUUGUAGGCCUAUUUAAAACAAUGAUAAAACAAAUCAAAUUAGACUUUUGAAGUUUUAUAUCAGUUAGAUUUAGUUAUAUUAUUUCAUUCUUGUCUGAAUAUUUCCUAAAACCUUGUUAUAGUAUUAGAUAAUGUUUUUUUUGGAACUUUUUUUAAUAAACUGUAACAAUGUUGUAAGUCUAAUUAUAACAAU